CCUCCGCCACUAAUUCAUCGAUUUUGAUCCGAUCCUGCUCAGCCUUUGAGUAAUGUCUAAACCACAGGCGGUGGACAUAGAGAUGAAUGAACUCCGCAACGGCACACCGGCGACAGAGCCGCCACACGAGCAGCAGCAGCAGCAACAACAACAAAAGCAACAAGAACAGAGACAUUUUGCCGGCUGGGAGAGAAACGACAGCAACGUCCUCCUCGUCGUCGCCACGCUCAUCACAGCUCUCACCUACCAGAUGGGCACCAACCUCCCCGGAGGCUAUUACCAGGACGACAGCGACGGGCACCAGGCCGGCGACUCCAUCCUCCGCGACAAGCACCGCCUCCGCUACUGGCUUUUCAUGGCCGCCAGCUGGGCCGGUUUCGGAAACUCCAUGCUCAUGACGCUGGCGCUGCUCACCGGAGUCCGCGUGGAGUCGCGCCUCAUCCGGUGGCCCUUCGCAGUUGCCUACUCGAGCCUCGUCCUCGCCUUCAUCGCGUCGCAGCCCAAGACUCAUCUCCUCUUAGACAUCCUCCUCUGGGUGUUAGUCCUCUUCAUCUUGUGGGCCGCCAUCAGUUUCAAACGGUGCGAGGUCAGCGAUCGAGCGUCGCCGGGCUCCCUGAAAGACUUUGUCCGCCGCCUUUUCGGCCGUUAAUCAUUGGCAAGUGAACUAUCGGUAUUGUUUCCCGUUCAGUUUGGCAAGUCAACUAGAGUUCGGAUAGUCUGUCCCAUUUUUCCCCUUUUCUCCGUGUCUCACUCAUCACCUCUAAGCCACUGGAUUAAAAUGAUGUGUCCCCGUGUCCCUUCGUCGAUUGGACGGCUAUGACAUUUCCAUAAUUUGUACUACAUCCUUGAAAUGUGAUUGCCCGUUGAUCGACGAGGGGACACGGUGACAUGUCAUUUUCGGGACAGAUGAUCACAUCUCAUAGAAAAGAUGAACUCAUGGAAUCGCCGCUAAAAAAAUGGGGGAUAGAUGAUCCAAAAUCAGUCAACUAUCGCGAGCUUGUUUGCUAGAUAUUUGAUACCCAGUCCCAUCUGUAAAUCAGGAUAAAAAUAUUAAUUUUGUACUUUUCAUCUAAA